AAUUAGUCCUGAGCAUUGAUAGAUUUUGAUAAUUAAUAAUUAAUUUUUAGUCAUCAGAAUAAAUACUAUAAAAUCAAUGAUUUUACGAUGGUUGUUAAGAACAUUGGACAACGAUUGAAAUUUAAACAAUAAGGUACGUACUUACAGUUGUAUUUUAGGAAUAUAUCAAAAUAGUUUUAUGAAUAUUUACUUUUAGUUUUCAUAAUUUAUUGGUGGCUGAAGGGAGGCUAUGAUAAAGUUAGGGAUCCUCCGGACCUCUAUAUUAUACUUUUAAAGUUGUCAAAAUUAUAUAGAAAUAUAUUUUUAAAGAAAAUAUUUCAUUGUCCUUGUUUUACUUUGAUUUUUUUAAUCAAAUAAAACGGAGAAAAAUGGACAGUGAUGGUACAUCUAUUGAAUUAUAUUCUAGUGAUGAAAAUAAUACAAAUAUUUCAAAAAAUUCAACAGAUAUUAAUGAAACUGAUAAUUAUAAGGUUAAUGAUAGACCAAUCGAUAUUCGUGAAAAUUAUGUAACUAAAGCGAUAGAGUUUUUAAAUGCUGAAACAAUAAGAAACACACCUUCUGAUAGAAAAGUUCAAUUUUUAAAAUCAAAAGGGCUAACUGCUCAAGAGAUAAAUGUAGCUUUUAGUAGAAUUUCAGAUAUAAACUUCCCAAAUCAACAAUUUAAUUCUUCUAAUCAAUUUCAACCAUAUUAUAAUUCUACACACUCAUAUGGUGUUUUACAAAAACCAUAUGAGACACAAGGAUGGUUUAGAAAACUAUUUGGGCCAAUUGCUUUAGCAUCUACCUUUAUAUAUAUAUGCUUUCACAUAUAUAAGAAGUACAUAGAAGUGUGGCUUUUUGGAACACAAAAACCAACAGUAGAAGAACGUUUACAAAUGGUUGAACUAUCAAUUCAAAAAUGUUUGUUACUUUUGGAGAAAAAAAAUUUGGAAUCAGAAGAUCAUAUAUCCAAACAUCAAACUCAUAAUCAAAUAGAAAAUGAUUUUAUUAAACAAGAACUUAAGUCACUUAAAAGUUUAUUACUCAGCAGAAACCAAUUUCCUCCAGCUAAUGGUACACCUAGUUUACCUCAAUGGCAGCAAACAAAACAAUUAAAAUGUAUAAAUGAUACACAAAUUAAAAAUAAUUCCAUUUCUUUAACUCAAUCAAUAAAUGGUAAUAUAUCUAAAGAUAAGUCAAACACUGAUAAUAGUCAAUUAUCAUCCAUCAAACACACAAAGCAAAACCAAAAUUCUUCAAAUACCAAUGUGAGCAAUUCUAUAUCUUCUGAAAGUGUUGAUAUUGAUGAAACUGAUUGUGUUUUUAAAUUAGAAAAUAAGGAGAAUCAGAUAUAAUUAAUAACUGAUUUAUAAAAUGUAUUUAUUUGAUGAAUGUUUGUAAUAGAUGUUAAAUUAAAACAAUAACAAAUUUGUUAAAAUCUUAAUUUACACCAUGUGUAAAUUAAUUAAUAAGACUGGUGUUUGUCAUUUAAGAACAAAAAUAAGUGGGUUAUACAAUUUAAUAAUUAAUUAAAUUUAUAUUUAUUAGAUUUAAUUAUACUUGGUAUUUUUUUUAUAAAAACAUUACUUUGUGUAAGUAAAAAUAUAUAUAAUUCUAUUAAAUAUUGCAUUAAUGAAUAAUAUUCACUUAAAGAAAGUCUAAAUUAUUUUAUGGAAGUUAAUUUUAAAUAUAUUUUUGGGUACUGAAUACUUAAUUUGAAAUUAUUAUACUAUUAUGACUGAAAUUUAACUGGUUUAUGUUUUUUAUUUCUAUGCAUAUUUUAAUCAAACAAGAAAAUUGGGUGUAAUAUUAUGGUUUGUUGCAAAUUUUUAUAGAUAUGCUUGAUUUAUUGAUAAAACUUUCAAAAUAUACAAAAUCUUUUGGUUUGAA